UGAUUUUGGCUCACAUUUAACAAAAACCCACCAAUUCACUAUCUCAAAAAAUUAGAAUAUGGUGACAUGCCAAUCAGCUAAUCAACUCAAAACACCUGCAAAGGUUUCCUGAGCCUUCAAAAUGGUCUCUCAGUUUGGUUCACUAAGCUACACAAUCAUGGGGAAGACUGCUGAUCUGACAGUUGUCCAGAAGACAAUCAUUGACACCCUUCACAAGGAGGGUAAGCCACAAACAUUCAUUGCCAAAGAAGCUGGCUGUUCACAGAGUGCUGUAUCCAAGCACGUUAACAGAAAGUUGAGUGGAAGGGAAAAGUGUGGAAGAAAAAGAUGCACAACCAACCGAGAGAACCGCAGCCUUAUGAGGAUUGUCAAGCAAAAUCGAUUCAAGAAUUUGGGUGAACUUCACAAGGAAUGGACUGAGGCUGGGGUCAAGGCAUCAAGAGCCACCACACACAGACGUGUCAAGGAAUUUGGCUACAGUUGUCAUAUUCCUCUUGUUAAGCCACUCCUGAACCACAGACAACGUCAGAGGCGUCUUACCUGGGCUAAGGAGAAGAAGAACUGGACUGUUGCCCAGUGGUCCAAAGUCCUCUUUUCAGAUGAGAGCAAGUUUUGUAUUUCAUUUGGAAACCAAGGUCCUAGAGUCUGGAGGAAGGGUGGAGAAGCUCAUAGCCCAAGUUGCUUGAAGUCCAGUGUUAAGUUUCCACAGUCUGUGAUGAUUUGGGGUGCAAUGUCAUCUGCUGGUGUUGGUCCAUUGUGUUUUUUGAAAACCAAAGUCACUGCACCCAUUUACCAAGAAAUUUUGGAGCACUUCAUGCUUCCUUCUGCUGACCAGCUUUUUAAAGAUGCUGAUUUCAUUUUCCAGCAGGAUUUGGCACCUGCCCACACUGCCAAAAGCACCAAAAGUUGGUUAAAUGACCAUGGUGUUGGUGUGCUUGACUGGCCAGCAAACUCACCAGACCUGAACCCCAUAGAGAAUCUAUGGGGUAUUGUCAAGAGGAAAAUGAGAAACGAGAGACCAAAAAAUGCAGAUGAGCUGAAGGCCACUGUCAAAGAAACCUGGGCUUCCAUACCACCUCAGCAGUGCCACAAACUGAUCACCUCCAUGCCACGCCGAAUUGAGGCAAGAGAGUGUAUCUCGGUACACAUCGGUCAAGCAGGAGUUCAAAUGGGAAACUCCUGCUGGGAGCUGUACUGUUUGGAGCAUGGCAUCCAGCCGGAUGGGACAAUUGUUGGUGAUGGCAGCGCAUUGGCUGACUCUUCUUUUGGUACUUUCUUCAGUGAAACUGGUGCAGGGAAAUAUGUUCCUCGAGGGAUAUUCAUUGAUCUGGAGCCGACUGUUGUUGAUGAGAUCCGUAGUGGAGCAUAUCGACAACUUUACCACCCUGAACAGCUUAUCAGUGGCAAAGAGGAUGCGGCCAAUAACUAUGCAAGAGGUCACUAUACCAUCGGCAAAGAAAUCAUAGACCCUGUGUUGGACCGUAUGCGCAAAAUGGCAGAUCAGUGCACUGGUCUGCAGGGCUUUCUGAUCUUUCACAGUUUUGGUGGAGGAACAGGCUCUGGUUUUACAUCUCUCCUGAUGGAACGACUGUCUGUGGAUUAUGGUAAAAAGUCAAAGUUGGAGUUCUCGGUGUAUCCUGCCCCACAGGUGAGCACUGCUGUGGUGGAGCCCUACAAUUCGAUUCUUACGACUCACACCACGCUCGAGCACUCUGACUGCUCUUUCAUGGUGGAUAAUGAAGCCAUAUUUGACAUCUGUAAGAGAAAUCUUGAUAUUGAGCGCCCAUCCUACACCAACCUAAACCGGCUCAUAGCCCAGAUUGUGUCCUCCAUCACUGCAUCUCUGCGGUUUGAUGGAGCUCUGAAUGUAGACCUCACAGAGUUCCAGACCAACCUGGUCCCGUACCCUCGUAUCCACUUCCCACUUGUCACUUACUCUCCCAUUAUCUCUGCUGAAAAAGCAUACCAUGAGCAGCUCUCUGUACCGGAGAUCACCAACGCCUGCUUUGAGCCGGCGAACCAGAUGGUGAAGUGUGACCCUCGCCGUGGCAAAUACAUGGCCUGCUGUCUGCUUUACCGUGGCGACGUGGUCCCAAAAGAUGUUAACGCUGCCAUAGCCAGCAUCAAGACGCGACGCUCCAUCCAGUUUGUGGACUGGUGUCCCACAGGGUUUAAGGUCGGCAUCAACUACCAGCCACCCACUGUUGUGCCAGGAGGUGAUCUGGCCAAGGUGCAGAGAGCUGUCUGUAUGUUGAGUAACACCACGGCUAUCGCAGAAGCAUGGAGCCGCCUGGACCACAAGUUUGACCUAAUGUAUGCAAAAAGGGCUUUUGUACAUUGGUAUGUUGGUGAAGGGAUGGAGGAAGGAGAAUUCUCAGAGGCUCGAGAGGACAUGGCUGCCCUGGAGAAGGACUACGAGGAGGUUGGUGCUGAUUCCACUCAAGAUGGUGAGGAGGACGAGGAAGAGUAUUGAAGAUGAGAGCAUUUGAAAUGACACUUGUACCUUAAUAAAGUUGAAGCAUGUGAAACUUGACUGGUUUUGCCAUUCAUGACUUUAGAAUGGUGAUGACCUAUUUAAAUCCAUCUGUAGGUUUUGUGUGGAAGUUCUGCCAUUUUGUCGAGUGGAUUGAGGAGCGCACCUGACUUUGUUCAGGUGUCACUGGCUUUUGACUAAUUUCAAAAGUGGCUUUUGUCACAUGAAAAUAACACUCAGACA